AUGGGAAAAUCAUGUAGGAGGACCCAUACCGAAAUGCGAGGACUCUCAAGCUCGUGGUGUCUGCAUGCCUUGGUGGUGGUCUCGAUGGUUAAAUUGAGCACCCAGGCGCUGACCCAUUAUCUGAACACCACUGAGGAUAUUUGCCGAGAUUUCGCGGAUGGAGUGAAACUGCGAAAGCCCGGCAGCUGCACAGAAUGGAUAGAGUGCAAAGACUUUGCCACCGUCGAGGGUGGAGCCUGUACCACCGCGGCCAAGCCAUACUUCAAUCUGGGACAAAAGGCUUGCUACAAAAGCGUUGACACCACCUACUGCAGCACCCCGUGUACCGCAUCCACGAGCGGUUAUGUUGGAAAUACCCUAAAUUGUGCCAAUUGGUAUUAUUGUGAUGGCAAGACCCAGAUGGGUCAGGGAAAAUGUACCACUGGCCAGUACUUCGAUCAAACAAAAAAGGAGUGCGUCUGGGCCAAGGACACCGUCUGCGAAGCCAAGUUCGAUAUGUGCGACAUUGUGCCACCGGGCGUGCCUUUCCGCGACCCCGCCAACUGCAACAUGUACUACACCUGCGCCAAGACUACCUUCAAGCUAACGGAAAACGUUUGUGCCACCGGUCUUUACUACAGCGCUGAGCAGGGGAAAUGCAUCGAUAAGAAGCUGGUCGUCUGCGACAACCAUCCGCUGCCGGAGGACGUGUGCGGCACCAAGAAGCUGGCCGUGCGCAACAAGUUCGUCGCGGACGGUGCCACCUGUCGGGGCUACUACUACUGCCGGGAUCUCGGUUCCGGAAUUCCCGAUCCGGAUCCCAUCUACCAACAGUGUGACACGGACAACUUCUUUAACCAGGAGCGACAGGCCUGCAUGCCACGCGAAAGCCAAAAGUGUGCUCACGAUCGGUGCGAUGGCCGGCAGGAUGGCUACGAAGUGGCGGAGGAUGCAGGAUGCAAGCAUUACUACAGGUGCGAGAAUGGCCGCGAGACAGAUCCUAUGGUCUGCCCCGAUAAUCAGUACUUCGAUGUAAAAGCUCAGGCGUGCACGGACGCUGAGAAAUCGUACGAUGCCUGUGCUUGA